GACAACUGCGAGCCAAGACAAUGGGUCGACCUGGGUUGUUAGGUUUGUGAAUUUUAGAGAAAAAGUAAAUAGAAGAAGUUCUAGGAGUGGUAAUGAUGAGAUUUUUUGCUGUGGCCAGCAAUUCUUGUUUAGCUUGUUUAGUUCAGUUCGUUAAUCGUAUUUUUGACAGUCUUGAUUAGUGAAAGUGAGAUCUUUGUCAACCUUUUGAUUAAAAGAGGUGUCACAGAGUUGCCGCAAAGCUUCUUUUUGGUAAAGAUCAGUCCUCCAAACAACUACUGCGCCGCCCUUGUCGGCUGCUUUGAUAACAAUGUCUCUGCGUUUUUUUAGGUUCUUUUAGUGGCGACCGCUCUUCAAAGGAGAGAUUGAAAAAUUUGGUGCUACGAUUGAAUUUAAGUUUGUUAAUAUCGUGGCGACAUUCUUUGAUAAAAAAAAAUCCAGUGAUGCAAACCUGACCCUCUGGAGGAGGUCAUUUAGACUUCGAAUCUGAAGUGUUUCGAAAGUGUAUUUGCGCGAUGUGUGAGAAUGAAAGUUUAUUUACAAUUUGUUACUAUUAGCACUGAAAAGCCUCAUUGGGGGAGUGGUCAAUUAUUAUUAGGAUUUUAACAAUUAUUAUCAUGAUUAUCAUGACUAUUAUUAUCUUAUUAUCAUUAUCAUCAUUACUUGAACUUCUUGAUAACGGAAACGUGGUCGGAACGUUUUCACAACUUAACCAUCUUUCAAAAUCACUCGUCUUUAAAACACUUUACUGACGAGGUACUACUUUUCUUGUCUUCUCUACUUAUGUGGUCUUGUUGCAGUGGAGUGAGAGAAGGAGGUAUAUCCGAAGAGGGUCGCCAACUUCGGAGAACAAAAAAAGGACGUCACUUGAGGAUGAAAAAACUGUUGUAUUCCCUCUUGGACAUGUGUAAAUCAACUCAAGAUGUGUUGCUAAAACAGGCAAAGCAGGAAAUAGCCAUGGGGAAAUGUAAGAACAAAGUGGACUGUAUGACUGAAGAAAUCGAAACGUUAAAGAGAAUCACUACAGAGGAUGCUAGGCCUAAACAAGCGAGUAGCAGGGCACAAAGAUGGUGUCUGGGAAAUCGCCGUCGUUAAUUUAGCAGUGGCUAAGAAGAAGGUUGAAAAACUGUUAAUUCACAUAUUCAUUUCAACAAUAAUUAAGAAACUCCUUCCUGGAUUGCCCGAGCUAUUCCUCUCAACUGAGGCCUUUGAUCUAUUGUCGGAUUUUAAACCAAAAAGGUUUUGAUUUAUGAAUAAAUCAAUAUCAUUACUUCACGA